ACAAAUGCGGUGCGCGUGCUCGAGGCAGCGGGGGCGCGCGCAGCUGUCACGAGGAGAAGAUGAGCGACACCGUGAUCGCGGAGGGAGCUGUUAAACUCAGAGACGGAAGAAAAUGGAGGAGCCGCUGGCUGGUUCUGCGCAAACCCUCGCCGGUCGCAGAUUGUCUGGUGCUGUGCGUGUAUAAGGAGCGCGGUGUGAAGGAGAGCAGCGUGACGCUGGAGCACAUCUGCGGUCUGGAGGCGUGUGUCGGCGGCGACGGCGUUCCCUUCAUCCUCUCAAUCCUGUGUCUCAGUCAGAGCGCCGUGCUCGGGUUCGACAGCAGGGAGGCGCUGCAGAGCUGGGACCUGUGGCUGCGCUACUGCCUCGGGGAAGUCCACAGUUUCAGUGUAUCUGUGCUGCCUGGCACUAAACUGGAAAGCGGCCCGGCGACUCUGCAUUUGUGCAACAAUGUCCUGGUCAUCGCUAAAGACCUGCCGGCUGUCAUCAGAGGUCACUGGAAUCUGCUGGACCUGCGGCGAUACGGGCCGGUCAACAACGGGUUCGUGUUUGAGGGAGGAACACGCUGUGGUUACUGGGCCGGCGUGUUCUUCUUGUCCUGCGCCGAGGCCGAGCAGAUCAGUUUUCUCUUCGACUGUAUUGUUCGUGGCAUUUCCCCGUCUAGAGGCCCGUUUGGACUGAAGCCACUGCUGCGAGAGCCCAGCAUCAGUGCAGCUUCAGCUCAGGACAGACUUAAGCAUGAGGUGGAGGAGCUGGAGCGGAGGCUCAGUCUGCUGUCUCACAGCACAGCUUCAGCUCAGGACAGACUUAAGCAUGAGGUGGAGGAGCUGGAGCGGAGGCUCAGUCUGCUGUCUCACAGCACAGCUUCCAGCUCGCGCUUCGGCUCUUCGCUUGCGGGCGACGACCGCAGCAUUUCCGGUUCCUCUGACACUUCAGACACGAGCCAGUCAGACUGCAGCAUUAGCGGUCGCCCUGCUCCGUGGAGCGAUCUGGUUCUGCCCGACUCUGCCGAAACGUCUCAGGUGGAGGAGAAACUCCAGGUCCCGGCCAAUCCCGUUCGCUCACGGAAGCUGAAAGAGUCCGGCCGACAGAACUCGUCCGACAGCGGCAUCGCGACCGGCAGCUUCUCGUCCUACAGCGGGAGUCUGGAUGCUGCCGGUCCGGGAGAGGAAUACGGCGUGCUGUUUAACCUGCCAGAGAAACACCUGUGCUCCUGCUCAUCCUGUCCCGUCCACGAAUACCAGGUUCCCUCGUCCCUGCGGUUCCUGUACGACUCUCCCCGCAGCCUGCUGGAGCUCAGCAGACACAGCAGCACAUCUCAAGACGAGCCCUGCGCCGAAUCUCCCAGCCAAUCAGAUUCAGAGCUUGAUAAAGGGGAGGAGUCACAUACAAGGGAGGGCCUAAUAAAAGGGGAGGAGUCUCAGGGAUUAUCCUGUAGUAAAAGCUGCUGUUCACUUCCUCCUGCCGGGAUGAAAUCACUCUUCACCUCCUGCCUCGUCUGCGGAGGACUCAAGGGCUCUUUUCAUCAUUCACUGCCCGCUGCGCCAGCUAAUAAGUACAGACACGCUCUUAAAGUGCCAGGUGAACAUUCAGCCACGCCCACUGCUGAUGUCACCGAACUACCCGCCAAUCAGGAGCCAGUGGAGAUCAGACACUCAUCUUCGACCAAUCACGAUCCACGGAGGCCCUCGUCUGAACGCUCGCAGACCAAUGAGGAGAAGCGAUCGGAGAUCUACGACUGUCUCCUGUCACACUACAGUCCUGCUGCGAGAAGCAGCGUCUACGAGGCGAUGGCAGCAUCCAGACACACCGUCCUGUACGAGAACUGCGUCCAGUGCAGGAGAGGAGAGGACAGCUGCCGGAUCCUCAGACCCACUCCUCCAUCCAGAGACGCGUUUGUCCAGGAACUGAGGAGGAACAUCUCAGAGUCCUCCUGCUCCUCCACAGUCUCUCUGCAGCGCAUACCUGCAGAAGAUAACAGAGAGAGAAUAUGGGCAGAGAAAGGAAGAACUUAUGAAAUCAUGGACAGCCGAUCAUCAGACAGGAGCCCAGAGGAGGAGCGCAGCAGGUACCAGCUCCUGACGGCUUCGCAGAAGAUUUCUCCUCCUCUGACUGAAGCGCUGACAGACAGACUCAGAGGAGAUGCGGUGACAUACGUGAAUAUCCCCACCAGCCCCACGUCCAAAAAACUGCUGCAUUACAUGGAACUGGAGCUGCAGGAGUCCAGCGCCGCCGUCAGAGGCAAAAGCUCCAGUAAAUACGCUCAGAUAGACAUCACAGCGAUGGAGGAGGCUCACAGAGCGGGUUCCCAGCAUGCACUGGGGCGAGAGGAAGGCCUGCAGAGACUGGAGCAGCAGAGGAGACGACGAGGUCUUCCUCACGAUGAAGAGAGAUCGACUCUCCUCUGGACAAACUGACCAAAACACCUGCAUCAGUCCAGACAGUAAAACACUAGUGUCUAGUAUAGUGUAGUAGUCGUGUUUCCUCAUGUGGGAUUCACUAUGUAGUCUGUCACGAUUAGACGACCCUGUUAAACACACAUUCGGUCUACAGUGAGCCACUGCUACGUGAAUAGAUAUCUGUGUUCUCAUGUUAGAUAAAUGUGUGCAAUGCACAGAACCAGAAAUGCAUUUUUUAUUUAUUGCGUUUUAAAAUACAGAAUAUUCGUUGUAUUGCUUUCUGGUUGCAUUUGUAUGAAAUAGGCUGCACAGUCUUUUUAUUAACCUACAUUCAAGUGUCAUUUUUACAUUAAACUGCUGAUUUUGUAUUUUGUACAUUACAGGCCUGUAUGUUCUCAUAUUCUCUUUCAGCACUGAAGGAAGUGAACACGAUGUGUUGCUUUGUUUGUUUGUUUUCUAUUGCAGUCACUUUGCCGAAUAUUGCGAUUGCAGUUUAAACUGUGAUAUGAUAACCA